AUGAACGUUUGGGCCCUUGAUACCAAGUCGGUAGCGCCGCGCGUUCCAGUGAAAAAGACGUUCUUCGCCGACGAAGUUGAAGUGGUAUCGACAUCAGGGUGGGGAGACGACACGAAAUCUCAGCGAAGGAAGCAACGAGGGAAGGUUGAGUUCCUGGUAGAAGAUCAGCUAGACAGUGACGAUGCACAUGACAUGUCAGGUAACGCUGCCAAUAGUAGCACGGUCAACAUGAUAAGUGCCAAGGCCAACCAGAUCAGCUCUGCGGACGUCGUUGAAGCUGUUGAUAGUGAAAAACGUGCUGGGUCGACGAGUUUGAAGCAGGAGCGACAAAGGAGCAAAGAGAAGAAGCGCGAAAAUUCCGCGAGGUCGAACCAGGAGAUCGCAGUGCAUCAUCUCGUUCGCGAAUUCCUGCUCAUGCACUGUCACGACGACGUUGUUAGAAUCCUCGACAAAGAACGUUCUAUGCCGCAGCUCGGUGCCGCAGAGGUCAAACAACUGAGUCACCGCUUGACCGGUACAGACAAAACUAGUGAACACCCGCCAGUUCCGUCUUCGCUGUUAGAGCGCUUUCUCGCAUGCUCCAACGAAGCCAAGGUCAAGGCAAGAGUAAGACGAAGUGCCACGGAACGACCUGUACCAGGAGAGACGACUUCCUCUAAGAGCUCUCCAACCAGCCGAAGAAAGCCUGAACUAAAUGUGAUCACGAGCAACUUGGAUCAAACCGCCAGCAAAAAUGGUGCUGCCACUCCUGUCACCAACCAAGGUUAUAAUCGCCUGAACCAUCCAGGAUCCACACCACACCAUGGACCCGUCGUUGGAGAACCAGGAUCGACGCCAAUGCCUCGCUCAAAGGACUUACACCUUUUCGGAUUCGAAGAAGUCGACGACGAUGUGGAAAAAUCUGCAUCCGACAGCGUAGCUGAAGGCGAUGAUGAUGCUGGUGGUGAUACAGACCAGUUCUCACACUACGCUCUGCGGAAACGCACGUCAAAGACUGGUCUGAAACGCGUACAGUUGGGAGAUCCUGGAAGUACUCCAACCAAAGAGUACAUCUUCUUCCGAGAAACUCCUCCUUCUUUUGUGACGGAAACCAUUGAAGACGCAGUCGAAAUAUUCGAGAAAUUGGGCAACAAUCCCGAAUUCGUGAAGCAAGCAGUGGUUGUCGAACGGUUCAUCGAAUUGCAGAGCAGUGAAGUAUCCAAGUAUACAAUCGGGAACUAUCGUGAUCGACACUUGUCCUGA